AUGGCAAAUCACGAUUUACUAGCAAAUCCUCUUGCAGUUCGCAAUCCAAAUCCUCUCAGUCUCAUUCCUUACUCUGUCGCUACUGGAUAUUACUCUGAAGAAAGUAAAGAUGUUUAUCUCACUUACUCCAAUAUCUACCCACACACCCACGUUCCCGGCAUUCCUUCGCCUUACAGUCAAGAACAACUUGAAAGACGCGCUCUCUAUAUCACUGGUAUUCCACCAGAAUGGUCAACUCCAGCUUUUCGCUCAAUAUUCGAACUCUAUGGAGUUGUCGAAAAAUGCCCCAUGAUCUUCGAUCUGGCAUCCAAAUCUACCUUUCGCUUUGUGGUUAUGAAAAAUACGGAAGAUUGUCUCAAGGCAAAAGAUUCAAUUCAUGGUUUUACGUUGGAUAAUAAUACGAUUUACACAACUGAGGCAUUGCCUUCAAGCUCAUUGUUGAGACUUUAUAAUUUGGGUUUGGAUGGGUUGGGGUUGAACGUCGAUCAGUGCUUGAAUAUCUUGGAAAACAAUCGGGUUGCUGAGGAUUUUGAAGUCGGUGAUUUGGAUGCUACCGAUCAAAAUGUCGCACUUAAUACACAAUACGUCUAUACCAGCGGCACUCUUGAUCAAGCACCAAUCAUGCAUGGUCACCCAUCUCCUCGAACCAAAUUACCUAUCGUCAAAAUCCGAGCAGCAGACUCUGAAACCGAAGUCGAGUUUCCACCUCCAAAUAUGAUUCGCAAAAACAGACCUGCACCCUUAAACCUCAUCGGAGCAAACAACAUAACAUCUCGCCGCAUCUCACCUCUCUUACCUCCUCAAUCACCAUUCCCAACCCAAACCCACUUCGAAUCCAUCUCCGAAAACUCUGCGUCCAGCCCCUCGGAUUCCCUCACCCCCACCCCCACCCAAACCGCCUUCAAAACCCAAGUCUCAACCUGGGCCGCCAUCGUCAGCAGCGCCUCUCCCAACCACCGAAACGUCGACUUACACCCCUCCACCCCCCGCUCAGGCCGUCGUCUCAACAGCAUCGGACGCAUCCCCUCCCUCCCCGCCUCCAAACCCAUGAUCCACGAAGCCCUCUCCCAACAAGCCCGCGUCGUCCUCAUCCUCAACAUUCCCUCCACCAUGACCCUCUCCGAUAUCUCCAACGCCAUCCACGAAGGCCCCAUCGUCUGCAUCCGCUUCGGCAUCGAUUCCGACACCGGAAAACGCUUCUCCGGUAUCGUGUUCCAGCAUGCUUCCGAUGCGCAAUCUUUUCUCUCCGUGCUUCUCGCGGAACGAGAAGCUCAAGCCCCGAAUCGCUUCAGAUUUAUCGCGGAUUGUGUGCGCGGCGAACCGUUUCCGAUCAAUGACGAUAUCAUCUCGAUGAGCGCACCUACUUUCGCAUCACGCAGAUUGACAAUCGUAAAGAAGGCAUUCUUUUUUGCAUUCACGGGACGCAAUCUUCAAACCCUGUGCGAAAAAGAAGUUGGGCGCGAGAAUGUACAAUUGGUGUUUGUGUAUAAUGGGGGGAAUGCGACGGUGGUUUUUGCAGAGGUGAGCGCGGCGCGGAAGAUGAAGAGCAAACUUGAGAGGUUGAGGGAGGGGGCUGGGAAGGUGGGUGGCACGAGUAGUAUUUAUGAGGGGUUGCAGGUUACGUUUAGUAAGGAUCCGUGUGAGUUGGAGGGGGGCUUGAAUUUGCAGGCUGCGGAUGGGUACUGUGCUUAA